AUGAUAUCUUGUCGAAUUUGUGACCGCAAAGCUCAGGGAGUACAUUUCGGAGUGCACAGUUGUCGGGCGUGUGCCGCGUUUUUCCGGUGAGCGUUUUACAAAAAAAAAAAAACGGUCUUGUUUUUCAGACGAUCGGCCAGCUUGAAAUUGCACGAAAAAGGAUGUAUGAGCAGCCGGUGUGGAGUCGAAUUGUACGGUUUUUCAGUUAAAAAGCGGAAGGCUGUGAGGAACAAUGCAUUUUUUUUUUCAGUUUUCACUGCAAACCAUGUCGACUCAGAAAGUGCUACAAGACUGGAAUGGAUGAGAAGAGUUAGUUUUGAGAACUUUUUUUUGCCUUUUUGGCCGAUGAUCCACUCGGGACCAGAAGAUACGAUGAACUUCAUGCCAAGCUCAAGAGGCCCUGCAAAGUUUGGCGCCGAUCGGAUAAGUCCAGGCCUGAAAAAGCCUGGGCUGGCGUUUCCGGACACAAAUUGUAUUUUUUGUGAAAGCACAAUAUUUUUUUGCAGAAUUCCAAUUCGAUCGUGACGCCAUAACGUCUAAAAUCAUGCCUCAAAGCUUCGACACGUUCAUCGGGCGACCCCAAUUUCUUCAUUUCUACGAUCCGGAAGCGACGAGCACUUCUCGAACUUUUUUGGAUUUAUCGCAACUUGUCGCCAAAGCGGAACGCAUUUUCAAACACGGUCCCGGUCCGUGGUCCGCCAAGGGACCACUCCGAAAAUUUGCAAAUUUUUACAACUUGUACGAGAAGAUGCCGACGAAAAUGGCGGUCGGUACCUUCCCCACUUUCCACGACUUUUCGAAAAGCGUUUAUUUGACAUGACUUUCAGACAAUGGACACGUUUUCGACAAACGAUUGUGGUGACACUUGGGAAUACUAUUUCCUGACCACUGCCACGUGGCUCACUCAUUUCGACGAGUUUCAACAACUGGCACUUGACGUUAAGGUUCGACGUCGAACUUGAAACGGAUAUUGUAGAGUUGCGAAGCGUCGCAUCGCUUCCAAAUGCGUUUUGACGAAACUUGACAUCUGGUACUCCAUUUUUGUAGUUGACACUUUUUCUCUAACACUGCUCCUUGGACUACUGUAGGUCUUCGACGGAGGCAAUGAGCUUUUUUGGCUAUUGUCGGUUUGAUAGAUCACAGUACUCAUAGGAGUGUUUGUACGGAAAAAGUGUCAACUACAAAGUUAAAGUACUUGAGAUGGCCUUCAAUUUUGCAGUUCACAUUUUUCUAAUACAAUCACUGCGAAGAGUACUGUAGCUCUUGGAAGUUGAAGUUCACAACGGCUCACAUAAGCGCUACAGUAGUCCAGCGAUUGGUCGUAGAGAAAAAUGAUCCUGACGUCUAUUGUUCAGAUGAAAGUCCUAUUUGCCAUUUGGCACAUGUGGUCGCGGCUGGACAAAUUGGCGGCGACGGCGUUGGGAAGGCGUCGAAAAAUGCUGAAAACGAAUUCGAUGAUCGCACAGAGUAACGGAAUGUUUGUGGAUGUGAACACUCUCGAGUUGGACGUCUCCUGGCUGUGUCAGUACCAUUUACAGCACGUCGAAUUGUAAUUUCACUAAAUAUUUCCCCUCGCCCCUCCCGAAAUGUGUCAAUGUUUCCGGUUCAGUUUCAUCGACGGCUUCCGCAACUGGGAUCUAAUGGAUAUUGUCGAUGAGCUCGUCGAGCUGAAUCCUUCCGAAGUGGAGCUCAACUACAUGCUCGCCCAAAUGAGCUUCCAUUACGCCGCAAAACGGUAUCAGGGCGAAAUACUGGAGGUUAUGGAGAGAUUCGAGAAAACGUUGGCCGACGAUCUACACGCGUAUUAUGUGAACGAACGGAACGCGGCAAACUAUUCGGCGAGGUUGAGUAGACUCAUGAAAAUCAACAAUGCCGUGCAGGUUGGUGAGGAAAUGAAUGCGCUGAAGAGAAAGUUUUGCAUUUUGAUGGCAGGCGAGCGUGUUCAAACAUCGUCCCAGAACGGAAAUCGCAAAGACGUUGAACAUUUUCACCGCCGAAUAUUCUCAUCCGGAAAUCUUGUUCGAUACUGGUUUUUGAGCGUUUUGAUUGCGAAAUUGUCUCAUGAUUUCGGCGGUCUUAUCGCUCAUCUCCGUCUUUUUGUCCCCGAUAAAUUGUGUGUAUGUGUUUGCGCACUCCCUCUCCCUUUUUUUUCUGCCAAUUUGAUUUGCUACCCACCCAUCAAUUUCUCACUAGAAAACACUGUUUUCACUGUUGUCACAUUUCCGCUAUUGUCAGUUUGAUUGAUCGUAGAAGUGUUAGGAGUGACUGUAUAAAAAAGUUGACAAUUACAAAGUUCAAGUGCUUGAGAUGAUCUUUAAUUUUGCAAUUGGCAAUUUUUUAGUACAAUCAUUCCGAAGACUACUGUAGCUCAUUAAAGUUAGCAAUGAAAUUAACGCUACUGUCAGUUUGAUAGAUCAUAGUAGUGUUAGCACUGUUUGUACGGAAAAAGUGUCAACUACAAAGUUAAAGUACUUGAGAUAAACUUUAAUUUUGCUAUUGACACUUUUUUGGCACAAUUAUUCCGAAGACUACUGUAGCUCUUCAAAGUUGGCAAUGACGUUGUUGGCAAUAUUCAGCUAUUGUCAGUUUGCUGAAUCAUAGUAGUGUUAGGAGUGUUUGUACGGAAAAAGUGUGAACUACAAAGUUUGAGAACUUGAAAUGAUCUUCAACUUUGCUAUUCACUUGUUUUCGCUAAAAUCACUCCAAAACACGUUUUUUGCAGAAAAUACAUUCAGGAGAACCGCUCGACAUAUCCAACACAUUCGACAGACUUCGCCGCAUCCCGAAAUGUCCCGUGAUACUGGAUUCUGAGAAAAAUAAAUAAUAUAUUGUUUGAUCUAUAGCAGAAAAGCUCAUAGAUCGCACUCGGUCACCUGCCCUUUUCCUAUUAUCCGUCUGCCUGAGUCUAAGUAAUUAUAUUUCUCUUUUCUUUUUCAUUUUCACACUUGUUUUCGAGCACAAAUCAAACUUUUUUCUGCUCGAGCUUUUUAGUUUCUUGAACUCGUCUUUUUUUGUUUUCUCCUAAUAAACUUGAGCAAAAAAACGUUCGAGCGCACACUUGUUUGGUUGCGAAACGUCCAUUUCUAUCUGAUUUGUGAUCGAGUUCGGCAAAAGCGCAUUUUAGGUAUGAAAGCGGUGGCGGAUUGUGAGGUGUGUGGUCACAAAAGUCAGGGAUUCCAUUUCGGAGUGCUCACUUGCCGAGCUUGCUCCGCUUUCUUCAGGUUUGUCACACUUUUUGAUCUGGCAGAGUGGAUGGAUGGUUCACGAAGCUUUUGAAAGCUGACUUUGAGUCCAACGCUUCUCUGGAGCCUGAUGACGUGUUCUGGUCUCUGAAAAAUGGCCGGAAUCACGUUUUGGUAUAAGGUUUCUGCUGUCGACAACCUUGAAGAUCUCUCGAAUAAAUUGGGAGUUUUUUUUAAGGAUAAUUACUUGGAAUUUCAGACGAACAGCCACGUCGCACUGGAGCAAAGUAGUGUGCCAGAAUGAAAAGUGCAAAAAUGCGCUCGAAGGAUUCAGAGUUCACUGCAAACCGUGUCGUCUGAAGAGGUGUUUGAUGGCCGGAAUGGAUGCGAGCAGUGGGUUUUUCUCUUUGAGCUCUCGUUUCUCGUUCAAUUUUGAAUAUUUUUCAUUAAUUAAAAAUGGAAUUUGAAGGAAAUUAUGUGCUCUAUAACUUUGUAAUUGAACACUUUUUGUGAUCAUGUAGCUGCUCCGAGAUAUUAUCGAUUUACUAAAGCGCGCAUACAUCGUUCAUUCAAAACGACGUAUCUCAGCUGCCGGUUGAGAUAUCAUAAAGUCGUAAACUGAUAAAAUGUGCAAAAUUUCCUGCUGAGUAUGUGCUCUGUUGACAACUUUUCGAUACCUCCACCGACAAUUGAGAUACAUCGCUUUGAAUCGCCAACUUCCAGAAUUCCAAUACGACCGAGACGCCCUGACCAACGCGAGCACCAAAAAAGUGCCGCCGAGUUUCGAGGUGUUCGUCGGUCGGCCCGAGUACGUUCUCUUCUGCACGCCCGGCACUUCGCAACAAAUAUCGCACCCGAAAAUACUGGUGGACGUGUCGAAUCUGGUGAAUCGUGCUCUGAAAAUAUUCGAGAACGGUCCGGAAACAGUGAUCGUCGGCAACUGUCAACUGCAAAAGUUGGCGAUCGGAUUCGCCUUCAACGGAAACGUUUCGAGAAAGUUGAAGACUGUUCGGUUGGCGACCAAGGAGACGGUCAUGAAGAUUUGGGAGUUUUAUUUUCUGACCACAGCCCGAUGGCUCAGUUAUUUCGACGAAUUCCAAAAGUUGGAUCAACAACUCAAGGUGUUAGGCGAAUAAUAAUGAGGUUUGAAAUUGAAUUUCUUUUAGCUCCAACUUCUUUUUGCCACGUGGCACGUCUGGGGACGUCUCGAGAAGCUGAUAGCGACGGCGAUCAAUCGAAGACGUCGGGUGUGCAAAUCGAGAAGCGAGCUGUGUUUGUUCAACGGCGUCCACUUGGACAUUGAGAAGCACAGGACGGAUGUCAGCUGGAUGAGCAACUAUCCGUCCGAGCAAGUUGUGCCGUGAGUCUAUGUGCAACGACAAUAUCGGUUGGGAAAAGCGCCGCUUCAAGAGUUGGUCUAUAACUUUUAAAGGUGGUGUCUAACGUGACAUACAACAUGUUUUUAAAAUAAACUUCAAAGUGGGGCAUUCACUUUCCCGAAGUCCCGAAUUACGAAAAAAAUUCCCCGAUUUUUAAGAUUUUUUUCAAAAAAGUUAAUGGUACCGAGAGAAUUCAGCCACUUUUUGUAAAACUCUAUUUAUUUUUCAGCGCGCGAACCGAAGAUUGAGCGAAAAACCCGGAAAAACAACAAAAAAAAGUUUCAGAUUAUCGACUUUUUUGGCGUCACGGCACAGAUAAAAUUAUAAAUUUUUUAAAAUAUUGCAAAUAAGUGUGUUCAGUGGAAAAGCGAUUGAAAAUUUAAGAAAAUUGCAUGAAAACGGAAAAAAUUCGGAAGAAAAGGGAAUUCCAUCCGGGGACUUGAAAAAUUUAGGCCGGCUCUUCCAUUUCGCCGUGUACUUCUCUCGGUACCAUUAACUUUUUUGAAAAAAAUCUUUAAAAUCGGGGAAUUUUUUUUUGUAAUUCGGGACUUCGGGAAAGUGAAUGCCCCACUUCGAAGUUUAUUUUAAAAAUAUGUUGUAUGUCACGUUGGACACCACCUUUAAAAGAACUUUGCCUCUAUCUGGGCGGUUCCAUGAUAAUUAUUAGGGCGCAAGGACGAUUUACAGGUUCCAGAAAAUGCGCAGAAAAACAAUUGUUGACCGACAAUAUCCAAAAAUCAUUUCCAGAUUCAUAAACGGAGUCCGUUCGUGGGACCUCAUCGAGUGCAUCGAUCCGCUGGUGAAACUUGAGCCGUCCGAAGAGGAAGUCGCCUUUUUAUUCGGCCAACUUUUGUUCCAUUACGCCUCGAAACGGUUUCCGGGCAGAAUUGAGACAAUUUGCGAUCGGUUUCAAGAAAUUCUCGCCCAGGAUUUACACGAUUAUUAUGUGAAGGAGAUGAGAAUGAGCAACUAUUGCGGACGAUUGACACGACUCAUGAAGGUCAACGGAGUCGUUCAGGUUUGUCGUUGUUUCUCGGUCAAUUUUGAUUAUUUUUGAAUGGUCAAAAAACGAAUCGAUAGAUAAUUUCAAGCUCUAUAACUUUUCAGUUGACCAUUUGUUCAGAUCACUUUUCUGUUUCAAGAUAUUUCAGUUUUACGGAAGCCCACUCUCUAACAGGGUGUCGUUCAAUAAAACGACAAUAUCUCGGAGCACACAAGUGAUCAUGGAAAAUGGUUAACUACAAAGUUGAAGAGCACAAAAUUAUCUGUCGAUUCGUUUUUUAACUUUUGAAAAAUGUCGAAAACUGAUUGAGAUAAUCGAAUUCAGAAAAACAUUUGGGAGAACCGACCGAAAAUCGAUGUGGCAAAGACGUUCGACAUCUUCAAAACCACCUUUUCGCAUCCGGAAAUGUUCAUUGAUACUGGAUUUUAA